CCUCCCAUCUCUACCUACACAGUUCCCUCAUGCAGCAGGAAUGAGUGAGCUCAGCCACCCUCAGUUGCCUUUUGCAGAGAGGGAAGUUGGUACCGGGCACCUCUGCUGGUGAGAGGGUCCCAUAUCUCCCGGGAAGGUUGAUCCAGAGGGGCUGGCAACAGACCAAGAGUCCUAGAGUGAGGGUCUUUCUUGGCGUGGAGUGGAGGCACGGACUCUACAAUGGACCCCAAGGAGAGGAAGAAAAUCCAGUUUUCUGUUCCUGCUCCCCCCAGCCAGCUGGAUCCCAGGGCAGUGGAAAUGAUCCGCCGGCGAAGACCAACACCAGCAUUGCUGUUCCAGCUGUCAGAAACUUCAUCCCCUGAAGAUGAAGCUUCUCCAUACCAGAGAGCUUUGGGUGAAGGCUACCACCUUAAAAACAAAAGAAAUGCCCCCUGUGUCUACACCCCACCUUCUCUUAAAGCUGUGCAGCGCCUAGCACAAAGUCAUUUCGAAUCCAACAGUUCUUGGAUGGAUGAAGACUAUGCUGAAGAUGUUGAGGAGGAUGAAGAAGAUGAAGAUGAGGAGGAGGAGGAAGAAGCUCAGGAUUCAGAUGACACUGUGAGGGAGAUGCCCGGCCUGUGUAAAGCAGGAGUAUCCCAGGGGCAGAAACAGUCGGGCCCAGCGUCCAAGGCAGCAUUGCUAAGGCAAUGCACUGUCUUGGAAAACAAGCCCAAAGAAUCUGAGCAUCCUGUCUAUCCAGCUCUCUCCAAAUCACAGAAACGAAAAGGUGGGCAGAAAGUGUCCUUUGCUGGAUCUGUACAGGAAGUACUCACUGAAUUGGAGAAACCAGAAGAUGCUGAAGGAGAAGCCCAGGACCAGCAGAACAAGGAUACAGAGGUGGAACUGGAACAGGGAGACCCACCACUAACAGAUCGUGUCAUGGAACUGAGUCACUCCAGUUGGGAAGAGAGAUCUCCCUGUGCUGUUACCAUGGAAAACCGUUCCUCCCCACCCUCUAUCCACACCACCACCUAGCGCAAGCGGUGAAGGGUAGAAUUGGGAGCUGUCCUGUUGAAGGAAAACUCUCAUUUUUCACCAAGACGGAUUGGGUUAUUUCCUUUUAACAACUAUCUUCUAUUUUAUCCUCUUUUCUGUUCCAAAUUCGUCUUUCAUUUGGCAGUGUUUGAUUUGUGUUCAGUGAAUUAUUUAGUACAAAGAAAAAGGAGGGGGAGGCACAGUAGCUAGCGACUAGUGUCGAAACCUCCAAGUUCAGAAGCAGGAUAUCUCUCUCUCAUGGCCAUAUGCUGGGUACAAGUGGCAGAGGAUGGCUGUCUCUAUUGUGCCUUGCUUGUGAGUUUCCUGGGGAGGUGCGCUUAAGAGUGGUAGUUGUCUAAAGUGCAGUGCUGGGCUGCUCAUUUGGCGUAAUCCAGCAUGGCACUUAUGACGUUUUUCAUCCAUUCUGAACUAAUAUUCUAAAAGUGUGGUUUAUGAGAUCAGUGACAACAUACAGGUAGCUGGCCUGAAGACAUUGUCAUUAGAUUUCUGGAAAUCAUGUUUGAAAAUGCACAAACAACCCAGUAACUGGCAAUUGAAUUCAGACCGAUAAACUAGAGAGGAGAUCUGCAAUUGGCCCGCUUGUAACCUCUCUCUCCUGCACCCCUCUCCCAAUGUUCCAGUAAUCUCUCUGAAAGCUACAAAUUGAGAUCCAAUCAAUUUGUAUAGUUAAAACUGCUCUGUUUCUAUGCCCUUAGACCCACUUCACCACACUCGUCCCCCUGUGUAUUGGACAAUGCCUUUCCAUGUGCAUCUCUGCUCUAUUAAAGCUUUGUAAAUAAAUAAAAUGUUUAAAGAGUGUUUUAUGGAGGGGGAAUGGAAACCAGCCUGAGCUCUUCCUUACUGCAUCGGCCAAGAACUCAAGAAGGAAAGGUUUCCAUAACUGCAGAACCUACUGUAUAAAUUUUUGCAAAUUAACCAUGAGUCCAUGAACCAUGAUGCAUUGACAAUAGGACAGGAUUUGGGAGGUGCAAAUCCUAGUCCGUGAUAAUUCCCCAUUGGUGGACUAGCAUUCUCCCAAUCUGCAUUUCCAUUAAAACAUUAACUCCAGCUGCCGAAAGGCAGACCCACCAAAUCUGUUCCUAAAUGUUCAAGCUUGGGCUUUUGUGAUUUUCUACAGGAAGGAAAUUCAGUGGCUGCUUAAUGUUUGGGGUGCCUCCAGGCUGUCACUAUUUUGUAGGAGAGAUUCAAACUCAUAGUGGAAAUUUAGGUUUGCAUAGUUAAAGUGGAUUAAAGGGCUCUGUCACCGUAGCAUAACAAAUCCACUUUUGUGCAGUUUUGAAAAUUGACAGGAAGUGCAUUGAAAAGUGUGGGAUGAAUGAAUGAAUGAAGGGAAGACAUGCAAACACCCCACAAGUAAAUCGGGAUGAAUGCUCAAUAAAGACCAGAUAUUAUUUAACCUCUGUGUAAGCUUUGUUCGAGCAUAUCAGGAGGAAUGCUGAAUAAACAGGCCAUCCAGAGAGGCCCUUGAUCAGCACCAAUUCAUAGGGUUGGUCUCCCUCUGCAGUCUGCCUAAGAGAUCCUUUUACACAUAUAUAGCCAAGUUUUAGAUUGAAAGGGUGAGGUAAGAAAUGGUGGCUGCCUGCACACUCUUCCAGUGAUACCUGUAAUGUAUUAAAGUUGUACCUAAGCUUGCGGCUUGCUUGUAUCUGUCUGGUACAAUCAUGCUUAUUUUAUUUGAGAACUAGAUUUCAUAAACUCUGCUAGCAUGAACUGGCUGAAAUUCUGAGCACUUUAAUAUUUUCAAAAUGAGGUGAUAUGAAAUGUGUACAAACAUUUGUCUCCUGAAAUGUAAAAAUGGGCUGCCUUGUAGGGAAAUUUAUAUUUUGAAGUUAAUAUUUCAAAAAUGUCUGUAGCAGAGCAUGGCAUCAAACCCUAUGUAUGCAGCUUGCUUAUCUGACUUGCACCGAAGCAUACUAUGAAUCACUUGUUCAUCCCUCCUCAAACAGGCAUCCUUGUUUUCUUCCGUUAAAUGAUUGACAAUGUAGAACUGUCUGUCGAUUGGAUGUCUGGUUGAUUCCCCCCAAUCCACCGCUUCACUCCUCCCUGACUCUGCUCUCAGUACGCAGGAAAAGUCUGCUCUCUUCAGAGGGGCACCUUUGUGUUAGUAUGGAAACUGGUUUUUCAUGCCAGCUCCCAGCUGAGACCAUGUAUAUAGCAAAGAGGCAUUGUUGUUGCCAGAGAGCCACUUGCAAGCAGUCAUUUAGCCUUCUGCAAGGAAGUGAGUAAAGCCAGCUGGGUCUUGGCAUCCACCCCACUUGAGGAGACAAGGACUGUUUUCAUGUCGCCUUAACUGCUUCAAUCUUGCCUUCUCUUAAUCAAGCUUAGUCUGUUUCUUGAUCCUUUCCAGGGGAGCUGUUCAGAGCAUGUAGCAGCUUGUUCUCAUUUGGCUAGCACAUGGUGUGAUGGGAUAAGGUGGCAAGGGCCUGAUGGUGGAAUGUUGUCCAAAUCUUGGAGUAUUUUUCAUUCUCCAAGGCCUCAGAGUCAUAGGCUGUUUACAAGUACAUGACACACACACCCCCAAGAAUCCUGGGAACUGUAGUUUAUCCCUUAGAGAGCUACAGUUCCCAUCACUGUUAACAAACUACAGUUCCCACGGCUCUUUGGGAGAUGUCAUGUGCUCUAAAUGUAUGGUGCGUAUGCAGCCAUAGAUAGAGGGUAGACUAAUGUGUUUCACCUUGCCCAAAAAAGGAGUCCAUGCUGCAAGGGAUGGGUGUGAGUGGGAGGGGAGAGAAAUUAUAGUUAACCAGGAUACAAAACCAAUAUAUAAAUGUAGCAUAGAUAUGCCCAGGGUGCUGCAUUUUCUCCUCCUUCAAACAAUGGGAAGUUCAGAGCAGCUUUAGUAAUGUCAAUAUUUGGAAGAGUGUGAACCCUGAAGAUUCUGAGUCUUUGGAACUUUCCUGACCUUGUGCUUUUCUUGCAACAAUAGAUGUGUGGAUAUUAGCAAAUCCUUGAGCAGUCCCCAUGUGACUAUUGUCCGGCAACUACUUCUGUUGUGUCAGGAUUGAAUCAAGUGCUCCGGUAGGUACUCAAAACUGCUAAAUCAAGUUACUGCAACAUUGCGAUCCUGUCCCAGUCAGCAAGCCCACUGCAUUUGUGAGUGCUACAUGGACUGUGGUUAUCCCAUGUGUUAUAGAGACCAGCAGCUCAACUGCUCCCUACCUCUGUCCCAUUUGUGUUCAACUUCUGUCCCAUUUGGAUAUCAGAUAUGGUCUGAAGGUACAUGAGGUUACCAGCUGGUUGAAACUAAGCAGGUUUGGGUCUGGUCAGUGACUGGAUGGAUGACCACCUGGGAACCACAUGUACGCCACCUUGGGUUCCAUGAUGGAAGAACGAUGGGAUGUAUGAGAAAAUGAAUAAAAUUUAUGGAUAACUUGAAAAUAAACUUUUUUUCCAAUUA